CUCCACAGCACCAGAUACCCAACUCCCUUACCCAACACCCACAUCUUCAUUCACAAUGUCCGAGCCUGAGUUUGAGCAAGCCCGCAAGGAGCUCGUCUCCACCCUCGAGAACUCCUCCCUCUUCCAGAAGAACCCCGAGUACAAGAAGGCCCUCGAGGUUGUCUCCAUCCCCGAGCGCAUCAUCCAGUUCCGCGUUGUGUGGGAGAACGACAAGGGCGAGUGCCAGGUCAACAAGGGCUACCGUGUGCAAUUCAACUCUGCCCUCGGUCCCUACAAGGGCGGUCUCCGUUUCCACCCCACUGUCAACCUGUCCAUCCUCAAGUUCUUGGGCUUUGAGCAGAUCUUCAAGAAUGCCCUCACUGGCCUCAACAUGGGCGGUGGCAAGGGCGGUGCCGACUUCGACCCCAAGGGCAAGUCGGACAACGAAAUCCGCAAGUUCUGCGUUUCUUUCAUGAGGGAGCUCAACAAGCACAUCGGUGCUGACACUGACGUACCUGCGGGCGACAUCGGCGUCGGCGGUCGUGAGAUCGGCUACUUGUUCGGCACAUACAGGGCAGAGCGCAACCGCUGGGAAGGCGUCCUGACCGGCAAGGGUGGUUCGUGGGGAGGCAGCUUGAUCCGACCCGAGGCCACUGGCUUCGGUCUCGUCUACUACGUCGAACACAUGAUCAAGUACGCGUCUGGUGGAAAGGAGUCUUUUUCUGGAAAGCGCGUUGCCAUCUCUGGAUCUGGAAACGUUGCUCAGUAUGCUGCCCUCAAGGUCAUCGAGCUUGGUGGUACAGUCAUCUCCCUCAGCGACAGCAAGGGCGCUUUGAUCGCUACCGACGACAAGGGCUUCACGCCAGAGGUCAUUGGCGAGAUCGCCACACUCAAGCUGGAGCGUAAGGCUCUGACUGCGCUUGGAAACAGCAGCUACAAGUACGUCGACGGCGCCCGUCCAUGGAAGGAGGUGAGCAAGGUCGACGUCGUUCUGCCCUCCGCCACCCAGAACGAGGUCUCCGAGGACGAGGCCAAGGCUCUCAUCGAAGCCGGUGCCAAGUUCAUUGCCGAGGGCUCCAACAUGGGCUGCACGCAAGAGGCCAUUGAGGUCUUUGAGGGCCACCGAAAGGAGAAGAAGGGCGAGGCCAUCUGGUAUGCUCCCGGCAAGGCCGCCAACGCUGGUGGUGUAGCAGUCUCUGGUCUUGAGAUGGCUCAGAACUCCCAACGUCUGUCCUGGACAUCUGAGGAGGUUGACGAGAAGCUCAAGGGCAUCAUGAAGGCAUGCUUCGACAACUGCUUGGAGACUGCCAAGGAGUACAUCACCCCUGCCGAGGGCGAGUUCCCAUCCCUUCAGGCUGGCGCCAACGUCGCUGGCUUCCGCAAGGUCGCAGCUGCCAUGAAGGAUCAGGGUGACUGGUGGUGAGCGAGACUCCGCUGGACGGACUGUCUCCGUAUCCGGGUCUAGUGUCUUCGGUUGCAAUCAUAACAUUUGCUAAUAUUGGAGCACGGAAUUCGGGUUGAACCUUUUCGAUGUAAA